UGUAUGGAUAUUUACAGACAAUAUCAACGAAUCAACGACCAAUAUCACUUGAUUUACCUUCAAAAGUUACUCAUACACUAUCUAAAAAUACCCUUAAUUUCUUAAAACAACUAUUAUUAUCAAAAACCGAUCUGGGUCAUUUGAUCAUUAAUCAUCUUAUGAUACGCGAUGCUCAAGAAAAACCCUCUUCAAAUACAGAUUUUUCACAUUCAGACAGCCUAGGCGGUGGCGAUAGUAUUAGUCGCAACAAUGAAACACUACAAGGUCUCUAUGUGCAGUGCAUUAAUACUGUUUUAGACCAUAUUGAAAAAACGACUAUCAAACAACAGGAGAAAUUAGAACAGUUUUCAAAACUUUUAGGUUAUUACGAUCCACAGCCAUAUUGGAAUUAUUUACAGUUAAGACAGUUAUUUACUCGAUUGUUAGAAACCAGCGGACAAGAUAACAGUCCGUUAUCUAAAGAUACGAUCGUAUCUCUAUUAAUAGGUCGAAAAAAUAAUUAUUUAAUUGACGAGUUUUGUAAAUUAGAAUAUGAAUUACUUUCAACUAAGGCCUGUGAGACGAAUAAUGGAGAGACUGCCGGAAUAUCAGAAGAGGAAAAAUGUAUUAUAUAUGUAUGUUGUGAACAGGAUAGAGAGAAUAGAUGGCGGAAUAUGUUUUUGUUGUCCACCAAGAAGCAGAAACAUUUUCUAGAAAUGAUUUUAGAUACAGCACUGAAUCUUGUAAAAGCAGAGAAAUUCUCUUUAUUAGAGAAAUUAUUGAGUCAAGAAGAAUUAAAACCUUUAAAACCGAUGGUGUUGUUAAUAGGAUGGUCAUAUUGUUCUUCUUGUAAUAUAGCUAGACAAUUACUCUCUAUCUUGUGGAAUGAACAGGAUGACUGUAAUCAUACAGCAUUAACAGCCAGUUGUAAAAGAUUAUCUUAUCAAAUAGAUUUAAUACAAUGGUGUUUAGAAAAAGCCAAACCAUUAAUUGAGUCCAGUAGUAAUACAUCGAUGGCUUCACAUGAACGAGCUACCAACAUGCUUCAGAAUCUGUCCACACAUUCAGUGUUAUUUGUUUUACAUCAAUCUACGAGAAUAUCAGCUCUUAAUCCUGACGAAGUUUUACGAUUAUUACAGAAUACAAGUCAUACUGAGAAUCCAGAUAAUCGUAAGAAAACUGUCCGAUUUCAAGACGAAAAAACUAAGACGUCCAGCCAUCUUGAUAAUGAGCCAAUCAGCAUCGAACAACAAUGUGAUAUUUCCAUAUUUAGAAGUUUUUGUGCUAUAAAAAACACCAUGGAUAUUUUAGCUUUUUGUUCGGAAUAUUUUGAACAUGAACUUAUGAACCCUGUUUGUAUUAAAAAUUCUUUACGACCGAAGCAUUUAACGAGAGCCUUUAGUAUGGAAGAAGGGGUUAGUAGCAGCAGUGAUGGUGAGGAUUGGUUAUCGAGUUCACAAACUGACCAAUCAUUGAUGUCCGAUAAUACGAACAAUUUUGAAAAGUUGUACGAAAUGAACGUGACGAAGAAACUAAUUGCAACUAAAAUUCAUCUCAAACAACUUCAUCCACUUCAGUUACGUGUAGAAACUUUAGAAAAUAUUUUAUCGUUAUUAUUUGUAACACACGAAGAUUUUAAUAGUGAUUAUGUCCAAGACCCUGAUAGCGGCGACGAAGAAGGAGAAGUGGGGAGUAAACGGAACAGCGGCGAAAAUAUGUCAUUGAAUUCUGAGGAAGAAACGCCACAAAUCGGGAAAAAAACGAAUUUCUCACGUUCUACCCAGAAAGCAAACCCUGAUCCUGCAUCAUCUAGUCAAAGUUUUCCAGUUAGCGCCGGGUAUGAUGAACCAUUUGAGGACAGAGUGCAGACAUCACAAUCUUUGCAUCAGUCUGUCUCUAUCCCGCAAAACCAAUUAGUAGACAUCAAAACCACACCCACUAAAAAACUUUCUUCAACUUUGACUUCAUUACGUAGAAUGAGUUCGUUGAAUAAAUCAAGUGAAUUGAGCUCAAGUCUGACCUCAGGUAACAUGAAAAUAGGGUUUUUAGCAAAUGAAUACAUUAUCCGAGAUAUAUUGGCCAUGCUCAAAGACAGUCUCCUGGAUUUGAAUACUGUGAGAUUUAAGUUAAGUGGUAAAGAUGGCGAUAUCAAGGAUGGAAAAGCAAAUGAUUUAACGAUGGAUCCUGCGCUAGAAAAAUUACUCGUACAGCAUGUAAAAUCGAGUAUUACAUCAGAAACUCUUCAGCAGCGAAUUACACGUUUGACUCAAUUGAUCCACGAAGCUCAAUGGCGUUUUCAGUUAGUUUGUCAUGAGCAAGUUCCUCGACAACCGGGAAUAUUAUUACAGAAGCCUGUCAUUUGUACAGACAACGAGACGAGUAUUCUUUUGUCAAAUUCAAGUUUGAGAAGAAGUCGUUCAAAAAGCCCACGAAAGGAAGUAAUUGGUACAAUUUCAUCAGACGAUGAUAAUGUGUUUGGUACAGGCAGUGUUAAAAAAACUGGUAGAAAUAACGUAGAUUCACGACGAGCACAACCAACCUCUCUUUCAUCUGUAGCGUCACGUACACCUGGUAUAAUACCACUGAUGUUAUCAUCACCUGAUUCACUCUUAUCCAUGUGUCUUAGUAAAGGAAAUUUUGGUCAAGCCACUCAAGUUAUCAAGCUUUUUAAAUUAGAAAAAAAGGAUGAUACAGCAGAAGUAUCUUUCUCAGAUUCUUUCAAGAAAGCAGCCGGCAGUUUAAGUUCAUUAGUGGAGAAUCCAGGCAAGGCAGCUCCAUCUUCCUCUCGUCCAGGCAAAUUGAGUAUCAAAGCUUUGGGAAGUGUUGCUGCGGCUGGAAUGGCAUCUGCUACUUUAACCAAUAUCACAGAUGAUCUUUUGUCUGUACAUAAUAUUCCACAAUUACCAAAACCAAAUUUACCCAAAUCAAACAAAAUGUUAAUAUUCUUUACGGAGGUUCACGUGACGAUCGCCAUUUUAGUAGAUUUGCUUCUUACUUCCUGUAAAACGUGGGAACUGUGCAAUAAAAUGUUGGACGUCAUCAAAUCUAAAAUGAACGUGAAGAACAUAUCCGAUCUAAACAAUGACCAUCAAAAUACGGAAACUGUGGUGAUAGGAUGUCAGACAUAUUUAUCCGAACUUCAAAAACUUUUGGAACUAUCCGUGGAUCAGGAUACACACAUGGCCUAUACUGAAUCUGAGAAUGCCAAACGAUUGACAGUGCCAAGACUAAGUUUUGUGAAUAUGUUACUCAGUGCUUCUACUCCCGUCACGGCAGAAAGACUUAAAAACUUUAUCGGUGUUAAAGAGGAGAUUAAACAUUUACUCAAUCGGGUCGUCGGCGUUAUAUCUGAGAUGAAACAAUCUGGUUCGGAGGAUGUUAGUUUUGAUGAUAGUUUACCAUCCCCAUCCUCUCCUGCCCCAUCCCCAAGUCCGUCACCCUCUCCCCAUCUCUCCCCUCUUGGCAGCGUAUCAUCAAGAUCGAGUUUUAGAAUUGAACCACCUGUUAUGCAUACUGUAAUGAAACAGUUAAUAGCUAGUAUGGAGAAAUAUGUACCUACAGGUGGAAUGGUACGCAUGUUAAAAAGAUCAAGAAGUGGUAUUGUUACACCCAAUAGAAAUUAUUUAUUAAGUUUAUACGACCAUGUUAAGGAACUGGCUUUUCUUGUUGCACAAAGUGAAACUAAAGCACAAGAAUCAAUAGUAUUACCCAAGAACUAUUUCCGAAUGUUACAGGAAGGGCCAAUACUAAUAUUAGGUCGACUCAUGUUCAAUAAAAAACUACAACCUGCCAAAUUGGAGAAGGUGGCAGCAAAAUUGAGCUUAAAUUUAACUCACAUUAUUGUACAUAGUUGUUGUCCGAGAAUUCCUAGUAAACAGGUGCUACCUAUAUUAGCAGAUAAAAAACACCCAGGGUAUAAAGAGGAUAGGACAAAGAUUAUAUAUAAUGAUGGUGAACCUACUAAAAUGUUGUCUGGUCUAAAUGCUGAAAAACUUAUACAAGAAAUACUGUCAAAUAUUAUAUUCAAAAUGAAAGAAACUGCCAAAAAAUGCAAUGCCAAAGAAAUUUUUGAUGUUACGUGUGCCAAAUUAUUUGUACAAGAACCUGGAUAUGAAGAAUUGUUUUCGACGACCCAAGAGUUGCAAUUGGUGGAUUUAAACGAACUAAAAUCAUCAGAUGAAAAGACAAGUUUCUUUAUAAACCUUCACAAUCUCAUGACGAUUCACGUUCAUCUUGAUUACAUAGAAUAUCGUUUACACAAACAGAAAAUGUUAGAGAAUGAAGAAAGUCGACCAGUUUCAUACAGUGAUGAGGAAGUAUUUACGAUGUCUAGUUUAGAUCAUCUUGUACACAGACAACAAUUCGCUUAUAAAGUGGGACAACUGGGUGUUGUUAGUUUAAGUGAUAUACAACACAUUAUUUAUCAACAGAAAUGUCAGCCUAUUUUCAAAGCCAAUGACAUCGUCGUUCUGAGAUUUGGUAUGAGUUGUCAUGAUCCAUGGUGUAUAUAUAGUCCACCAAUAGAUGAUAGAUUUAUAUUUUUACAAAUUGAUGGAUGUGUAUCAUCACCAUUUCUACAGGUUGUAUAUUCCGAAACAUUAAGUAAUCAACUACAGAUAACAAUGAAAGAAUACAUCAAUCAAACUGUAUCUGUUGAUGUUGAUCAAAAUCAGGUUACAGUAAGUCAGUAUAUUUAUAUUUUCACUAGGUAA